UAAACUAUAAAGAAGCUUUAUUAUUACAGGCACUGUUUCUUUAUCUUUCUUCUCUUGUUUUCUUUCAGUAACCCUUUUCUAGGCAAUCAGAAAAGGCGAUAGGAGAAAUGGAAAGAGAGGAAAAAGAGCUGGAAGAUGAAAUCAAGUUGGCUGGAUAUGCACUUCUUUCAUCUCCAUCUUCCGUUUCACAACUCGUUCUUUUGCUUGAGAAACUUGAGGCUUGUUUAAAGAGAGUGAAUCAGUCUCCUUCCAAGUCAAUGCAAAGGGCAGUAGAGCUUGCAAUGAAGGCACUUAUGGCCAAAGAACUUUUGAAUCAUUCGGAUGUGGAUGUGAAAGUUUCUGUUGCAUCAUGCUUCAAUCAUAUUUUAAUAAUAACAGCACAAACUUUUUCAUAUGAUGAUGAACAAAUGAAGGAAAUUUUACAGCUGAUUGUAGCUUCAUUUGAAAAUAUAUCUGACACCUCAAGCCCUUCAUACCAUAAAAGGGUUUUGAUUCUAGAAAAGUUUGCAAAUGUCAGAUCAUGCGUUUUGAUGGUGGAUCUUCAAUGUUAUUCCUUGAUCAUGGAGAUGUUUAAACAUUUUUUGACAAAUAUAAGGGAACACCAUCCUGACAUUGUAUAUUCAUCUAUGGGGCUAAUUAUGAUUAUAAUCUUGGACGAAAUUAAAGAGAUCCCAUUGGAGAUUGUCAACCUCCUUUUGGACUGUAUAAGAAACAGAAACCAGGAUGUUUUGCCUAUUGCACAAAAGCUUGGAGAGAGAAUAUUUGAAAAUUGUGGAUCAAAGCUUGCUCCCUACAUGCCUCAGGCAAAUUAUUGUGGCCAGACACAUAUUAGGGGCAAGCUGCAGGAUUCAGGAAGUCAUACUGAGCUAGUUGUCAAGGAUAACAGUGAUAGAGGAGAAGGCUGUGGAUACCAGGUUUUUGAGAAGGAGGGGAAUAGAGAGGAAAGCAGAAAGAUCAAAGAAAAGGAUUUCAAAGAGAAGACACUUAAAGAGGAAGGUGAGAUUUUCCUAAGGGAGUUUAUGAAACAGAAGAGAAGUAGAAAAGGGGUCAAAACGAAGCAGAAGCCAGUUGUGAAGGAGAAGAAUGAUGGAGAAGAAGGCAGCGAAAAGCAGGUUUUUGGAGAGGAGAAUAUCAAGGAAGACAGAAAGGAGAAAAUCAAUAGAGAAGAAGGUUGUAAAGAGCAGGGUUUUCAAGAGUACCAUAGUGAGGAAGGCAAGAAGGCCAAAAAGAAGGUUUUCAAAGAGAAGAAAAGUCAAAAGGAAGGUGUACAUUUCCUAAGGGAGCGUGUGAGAAGUAGAGAAAGGGGUAAACGAGAACUUAAGUUUGAGGGAAAACAAGCCAUGGACACGAGGUGCAGUCAGCGGAAAAUGUAUGAGUUUCUUUCAAACUUAAAGGGGAAGAAGAGAAGCAUAAUUGAAAAUUCAAUCUUCUCUGCCUUCCUUGAUAUUCCUAGAUGCCCCAUUAAUCGCAAUCUGGCAGCAGCUCUUAUUGAAUGCUAUGAUUCUGAAAAGGAUGCAUUUAUUGUAGCAGGCCAGCCACUCAAGUUUUGUGGCAAAGAAAUUGAGAAAUGCAUUGGACUCAGCUUUGAAGGGAAAAGGGUGGACAUGAAUAUUUUGGGAGGGCAUAUUGAUCCUCAAAUUAUAUGGAAGUACUUUGAAAUAGUGAAUGGAAAUGCAAGAAUCAAAGAGAAGUCAACAGAUGCCAGUAACGAAAAGGAUGAUGGAGAAAUCAAAAGUUCCUUUUUGAUACCUGAAAGUUUGCUUCUGCAAAAACUAAACCUGAUGAGUGUCGGUGGAAAAGAGGAAGCUGAGGACUUCCUUCGUCUAUCCAUUGUAUACAUGUUCAAUAUAUAUUUCUUUCCAUCCGCUUCCAAAUAUAUAUAUUGGUGGCCGCUCAAAUUCCUGGAAAAUCUACAUGAUUUUGGCUCAUAUGCUUGGGGACGGGCUGCAUAUGACUAUUUACAUAUAUCUCUAGAAAAAGCAGCAAGCAAGUUGGCAUGUCAGAACAAAUUCUACGUGUCCUUGAAUGCAUGUGUUCCAUUGUUGCAGACACUGGCAACGGAACGGAUCAGCAAGUUGCGAGUCCUAGCUCCUCCAACAAACCUAAAUCCCUCUGUGCUCAAUUAUACUAAGAAUGAGAGUAGGUCAUUCGAUGCAAUCCAAAAGGUGUUGGCCAAGCUGCAACCUGAUGAGAUCAAGAAAUGCAAGGAUUGUGAAGGUGUCAAGAACAGUACUCGGUUGCAAGGAGGAGCCGAUGUGAAGAGCACAAAAAGGCAGAAAACUCAAAAUGAAGAGGAGGAUGGGUUGGUAAUUACGAUAUAGCUCUUGUAGUUCAUGAUCUGCAGCAAAAUGAAAUAGUCUAACUGUACUGUGUUAGUAGGGAGAGAUAACAUGGGCAUUGUUAUUUAUACUCACUUUUGUUUAUUAUUGUCAUAUAUUAAUAUAUUUCUUUUUUCUUUUUUA